AUGCAAGAUAUUCAAGAAGUAAAUUAAAAAUCAUUUUACUACGAACUCAAAAAUGGCGACCCUAUUUUAUAAUCUUAAUGGUGUACUGCCAUGGCUAUAGAUCAAAACAAUGAAAUGGUCUUGAUGUAAUAAAAUGGAUUAAUAAAGUGUUUUUAAUUUAAACACAAUGUAUUGAAAAUAUUAGCUAUUAUAUAAAAUCCAAAAGAAAUUGUCAAAGUAGUGAUGUUUUUAAAGAAUAGAUCUACUUUUUUAUCAACUAAAGGUGAUUCUAUAAUUAAUUGGCCUAUGAAUUUAAUGUAAUGUUGUAAAUUUAUCAAUAAAUAAAAAUUACAUUCAAAUAUCAUUAAUUGUUUAAUUCUGAAUCAAUGUUAGAAUUUAAUGGUAUCAUGUUCUGGAGACUAAACAAUUAAAUUCUGGUAAUAAUAAUCUAAUUUAUGGUUUUGCUAAUAAACAAUCAUAAAACAUAAAUAAAAUGUGAAAGGAAUAGCAAUAAAUUAAAAAGGUGAUUAAGUUAUUUCAUAUGGAGAUGAUAUGUAUAUAAUUGUUAUGAAAUUUAAUUAUUAAGAAUAAAUAUGGUAAGUUUAAUAGAAAAUAAAAGGAGAAAAAAGAUUAUUAGGAUUAUGUAUUAUAUCUGAUAACAUUUUCACAUUUUAAUAUGAACUAUCUAAAUAAUUAUGUAUUUACACUAAUUCUAUAAAAAACUUACACUUUAGAAAAACAUAGGAGAUUCCAAUUACAUUAGGUAAAUAUUUUUCUUAUUCUCUAUCUAAAUUUAUACCAUAAAAAAAUAUACUUAUCAAUUUUAGUGGGAGCUAAGUAAAUUUAUUGAAAAUUAACUAAGUAAACUAGAAUAAUAAAUUAAUAUAUAAACUAAUUUAAAUUAUUGAUUUUUAAAGCAUUAAUUCAGGAAUAAUAAGUGAGGAUGGGUAAUAUUUAAUAACUUGGGAUUAUCUUUCAAAAUAAGUCAAUAUUAGAUCAUAUUAAGAAAUAAAUGAUGUUUGA